CGAGCCUCUUUCUUUUAUUUUCUCUUUCACUCCUUCCUCCCUACUUUUCUCUUUUAUUACGUUCAUGACGAAGCCCAAUACAAGGAUUCCUUCCUCCGCAUCAAUGCGUUCCUCAGAGAACGCAGACAUUGCCAGUCGGAAACGGCAAUCUAGAAAGGACGAGGCAAUCCGUAAAAAACUAGAAAAUGAAUUGUCUAGAAAGAAAUCAGGAUCGAGUCGAUUGCGACAUAAUCGUAGCAAACAAGUUGCAGGCACCGUGUCUGCUUUGAAACCUAUGCAAGCAUUGACCGUAUCCGAGCGGAUGUUGGUGAUUGAAGCUGCUCAGCUUAUGGCCGCAAAACGAAGCGACUGUGUGUUGGUAGUGGACGAAGAGGAUCAUUUAAGUGGUAUCUUUACGGCAAAGGACUUGGCAUACCGUGUCGUUGCGGAAUCACUCGAUGCUCGAGCGACGAGUGUUGCGCAGAUCAUGACAAAAGGACCGAUGUGUGUCACCUCUGAUACUUCAGCAACAGAUGCCUUGAAUCUCAUGGUUGCUCGUGGAUUCCGCCAUUUGCCUGUAUGCAACGAGGAAGGCGAUAUCUUUGGCUUACUGGAUAUAACAAAGUGCUUAUACGAAGCACUUGACAAGAUGGAACGUGCUUAUGGAUCAUCCCGCAAAUUGUAUGAUGCGUUGGAGGGCAUGGAACGUGAGUGGAACAGCAGCCCGGUGCAGCUUGUUCAGUACAUGGAGACGCUGCGCGAUCGCAUGUCCUGCCCUGAUUUAAACACGGUCUUGGAUGGCAGCAAACCUGCUGAAGUCAGCGUCAAAAAGAGCGUUCGAGAGGUUACGCGCAUGAUGAAAGACUUCCAUACGACUGCUGUGCUCGUUGUUGAUAAGCAUGGCCUUUCUGGUAUCAUUACAACUAAGGAUGUGGUACUUCGUGUCGUUGCUCAAGGAUUAAACCCAGAUACAUGUUCGGUUGUCCGUGUGAUGACACCUCAUCCCGAUACGGCAACUCCACACACCACCAUAUUAGAGGCCUUGCGACGAAUGCACGAUGGUCAUUAUCUAAACCUGCCCGUUCUGGAAGACGGCGCUAUUCUGGGAAUAGUGGAUGUCUUAAAAUUAACCUAUGCUACAUUAGAGCAAAUUCACAGUAUACAAGGAAAUGAUGGCGAGGGACCAAUGUGGUCUCGAUUCUGGGAUAGUUUUGGUGACGGUGAUAAUGAAUCACAAACCUCUGAUCCAGCUAUGUCAUCACAGCCUACCACUGUAAACUCGCACUUGAGAAAUGUGGCUGCUACGACCAUUUCUCCAGAGCCACCGAGGUCGCCGUUCCCUGAAAUCACACCCAAUGAAUCAGCAAGCAUGGUUGCACACAGCGAAAACCGUCGUAAUUCGUCACACCAUGACGAUGCGCGCUCAAGCAUGUCAGCAUCACGUGUUACCAGCAGCAAAGACCUUUUUGCAUUCAAGUUCACAGCUGCCAGCGGGAAGACACAUCGCUUCAUGUCACCCAAUAACAGCUUUUCCGAGCUCGACAGGAUUGUUCACGAGAAACUAACCGGGGAGUACGACGGCGCAAUUCAUAUCUAUUACGUUGAUGACGAUAAGGAUGAAGUGCUUGUUACCUCGGAUACGGAUGUGAUUGGCGCAGUGCAACUGGCUGAACGCAUGGGGUGGAAUCGUGUGUUGCUCAAGAUUGGUCUGGAAGUGGCAGAAAACAAACGAAGAUCCAUGCAGCAGCAACCCAAGGAUAAUCACAGCCGUCAUGACCGCAAUCCUCGAAAAUCGUUGCUUCGUCAAGAUAUGAUGCUUCCUGCAGCCAUUACGUUCCUUGGCGCUGUCAUCAUUGGCGUCGUCGCAUUUUCUAAAACCAGCUCCAAUAAUCGCUACUAAGUUCCAAUAGAUUAGUAUGACUCUGACUCCCUUUUAACGAUACUACCAUUAUUUAUCCCAAACAAAACCUUCUUUCACAAAUAUAUACAUCGCAUACAUAAAAUAAUAUUUUUUUAAAA